GAGAAACCAUCAAAAUAAUAGCAAAUUAGAGAGAGGCGCAGGGAAAAAGGGCAGAAAACAUAGCAAAAGCGCAAAGGAAAAGCGAAGGCAAGAGAGCCUGCCCACCCGGAUUAUCGUUACUCUACCUCCCUCCCAACCCUAACAACAACAAAAUCAAAAGAGAGAGAGGAGGAGGAAGAGGAGGAAGAAGAAGAAGAUUUCACCAAAAUUGUUGUAUUUUUCCUAUAAUCUUUUCAAUCUUUUUCUCUCAUUCAUUCAUCGAUCAACAUCUCGUUGGAUUCAGGAUCCUUUACGACAAUCAAUCUCAUUGGUCAUCAUUUUAUCCCAAAAGUCCUGGUUAUGGAUCUUCUUUCAACUGCUUCAAUAUCGGCCUAGUUUUUCCCAAAAGGAAGGAAGAAGACUCCACUCAGCCUUUUGCCAAUUUUUUCUUUGUCAAUCGGUUUUUAUAUUUGUCAUUAACAAAAAUUAAUCAGCAGAGAGAAAGAAAGAGUUGAUUAUUAUGUUGUGUUGCGGAGGUGCAGAGGAGGAACCUUAUCCCCCUGCUAAUCAAUACACUGCCCCUCCCAAAGGCAGCCCUUAUGGCGCACCUGAACCAAAGGCUAACCCACCAAGAGGAGUUCCACAGAAGGUGUUGCCAAUCGAAACCCCAAGCAUACCAUUGGAAGAGCUUAACAGAUUAACUGACAACUUCGGCCCGAAGUCGCUGAUCGGAGAAGGAUCCUAUGGUCGCGUUUUCUAUGCAACUUUAAGCGACGGUGUGCCGGCGGCGAUAAAAAAGCUUGACACCAGCACUUCCCAAGAACCCGACACCGAUUUUUCAGCACAGUUAUCCGUGGUUUCGAGAUUGAAAAAUGACCAUUUUGUGGAGCUAAUGGGGUAUUGCUUAGAGGCAAACAACCGAAUCUUGGUCUACCAAUAUGCCUCAAUGGGCUCAUUGCACGAUGUGCUACACGGGAGGAAAGGGGUACAAGGGGCUGAGCCAGGGCCAGUUCUGAACUGGAACCAGAGGGUGAAGAUAGCAUUUGGAGCGGCAAAAGGUUUAGACUAUCUACACGAGAAAUGUCAGCCUCCAAUAGUUCAUAGGGAUGUGAGGUCCAGCAAUGUGUUGCUCUUUGAUGAUUUUACCUCCAAGAUAGCAGAUUUCAAUAUCUCUAGUGCUUCUUCUGAUACCGCAGCUCGCCUACAUUCGACUCGAGUCUUGGGAACCUUUGGCUACCAUGCUCCAGAGUAUGCCAUGACAGGACAAAUAACUCAAAAGAGUGAUGUUUACAGUUUUGGUGUGGUUUUAUUAGAGCUUCUCACAGGUAGAAAGCCUGUAGACCAUACAAUGCCUAAAGGCCAACAGAGUCUUGUUACAUGGGCUACACCCAGAUUGAGCGAAGACAAAGUGAAGCAAUGUGUGGAUCCCAAGCUAAACAAUGAGUAUCCACCAAAGGCAGUUGCCAAGCUAGCAGCCGUUGCAGCGCUUUGUGUCCAGUACGAGGCAGAUUUCAGGCCAAACAUGACAAUUGUUGUCAAGGCGCUUCAACCAUUGCUCAACUCCAAACCAGCUGGUCCGGACCCUACUGCUGCUGCAUAAUGGAGAUGAUCAAUAUGAUUCUAUUACUAACCUCGAUAAUGAAUUCUGAUUUGGUAGAGAGUGAGAGAGUAACACAGAGAGGAGGGAGAGAUUUGCGAUUAUAGUUUUUUUUCCGAAUAUAUGUAUAUUGAAAGAAGAACAUAACGAAAAAAAGGCCGAGUGAGUUGGACUAAAUUAGACAAUUGUAUGUAAUUGGUGAAAAAGCUUUAUUGUCUUCUAGGGGUGUGAGAUUAUGUAAUCUCAAUGCACAUAAAUUUCUUUAUUGUUUGCCACUUGUGGUCUUUUUCUACCCAACCACAACAUUUAUAAUAGUUUGACUUUUUUUUGUUUUUCUAUUGUAAAUUGCAAUGAAUCAUUAGAUUUUAUACUUGGUCUGGUUUCACCAAUGAAUUUGUG